AUGUCAAGCAAUAAGUCUCUUUCUAAUCAAUCCUCGUCAACAUCAAAUGAUAAUGAAUUUAAUUAUCAUAUUACUAAUGAUAUAACAAUAAAAAUUAAUGAUAUAAUUCGUAAUGAUAAUUAUCAUUUAUUUUUCGAUAUUAAUUUAUCAUAUGAUCAACUUAUGUUUCUUCUUAAUAAUCGUUCUUCAAUAGAAAGUGGUCUUAUUGAUUUUAUAAUUGAUCAAAUUCAUCAAUUAAUUCCCAAUGAAAAUAUUCGAGAAGUCUUUUUAUCAAAUAUUAAUCGUUUUGCUGGUCAUCUUCAUAUUGUUGGUAGUGAUACACAAGUUAUUCGUCAACCAGCUUUUUAUCCUGAUGACGAAGAUGAUGAUGACUAUGAUGAAGAAACAAUAACUGAUGAUGAUUCAAUACUUGAUGAUAGUUUUGACGAUGUUGAAAAUGCUUUGCUCGAUGAACUCGAUUUCGAACAUUUUGUUGCUGUUUCUCGUUAUUCUCCAGCAGGCUGA